AUGGCAACUAGAAGACAGAAAGUGGUUUGUAAAAAGUGGCAAGGGUCCUUUUCUGGUGGCAAGUGGAAAAUAAAGUGGAAAUCAGCAGAUGGUAGGUGGUUAAUGAUAGCUAGAAGACAGAAAAUGUGGAAAUGGCAAGUGGAAAUCAGCAGAUGGUAGGUGGUUAAUGAUAGCUAGAAGACAGAAAGUGGUUUGUAAAAAGUGGCAAGGGUCCUUUUCUGGUGGCAAGUGGAAAAUAAAGUGGA